AUGAUCAUCGAGACUCCCAUUCCCGGACGAAUGCACCGUGGUAAAGUCCGCGACACCUACGACCUCGGGGGAGGCCGCCUGCUCAUGGUGGCCACGGACCGCAUCUCGGCAUUCGACGUUGUGUUGCCCACCGGAAUACCCGACAAGGGGCUGGUGCUGAACCGCAUCUCUUCCUUCUGGUUCGACAAGACGGCCCACAUCGUCCCCAACCACUUGAUUUGCCUGGCCGACUCCGCUGAAGCCGCCAGCUAUCUGUCCGGCGGCAACGGCUCUGGCCUGUCGAGCCCAAUCCCGCCCGAGGUGGCGCAGCAGGCCAUGGUUGUCAAGCGUGCCGAGCGCAUCGACAUCGAGUGCAUCGUUCGCGGCUACAUCACCGGGUCCGCUUGGUCCGAAUACCGCCGCAGUGGCACGGUGCAGGGAAUGGAGAUGCCGACCGGCCUCGUCGAGGGUCAGCGGUUCCCCGAGUUGCUGUUCACGCCCACGACCAAGGCCGAAGAGGGCCACGACGAGAACAUGACGCAUCAACAGGUGAACGACAUGGUCGGUGCCGAAAUGGCCGUCAGGCUGGAAGAGACCAGCAAGGCGGUGUUCGGCUUCGCUGACGACUUUGCCCGCGAGCAGGGGAUCAUCCUUGCCGACACCAAGAUGGAGUUCGGCGUCCUGGACGGCGAAUUGAUCCUGAUCGACGAGCUGCUCACGCCUGAUUCGAGCCGGUUCUGGGACGCUGAGGGCUACAACCCAGGCCGCUCCCAGCCCAACUUCGACAAGCAGUUCGUGCGCGACUGGCUCGACGCCCAAGGCUGGGAUCACGAGCCGCCCGCUCCUGAGCUUCCGGAAAAUGUUACGGCACUCACAACCGAACGCUAUCGCGAGGCGUACGUGAGGCUGACAGGGCAGAACCUGUAG